AUGAAUGGCGGUGAGAUAGUGGAAGUUGACGGCGGUCACAUUAUACGGUCACGAGGAAGAAAAGACCGUCACAGUAAAGUUUGCACCGCGAAAGGCCCACGAGACCGCCGGGUACGGUUAUCGGCCCACACCGCUAUUGAAUUCUACGACGUUCAAGAUCGGUUGGGCUUUGACCGGCCCAGUAAAGCCCUUGACUGGCUCAUUAAUAAAGCCAAGCCCGCCAUCGAUCAACUCGCGCAACUUCCUCCAUGGAAACCCACUCUUGUUAGUACUAAACAGCAACAAAACGACGACGUAGAAGAGAAAGAAAACGCUAAUGAAAACGAGUUUCGUUUUCUUCAGAACUUUAAUGGUAACAACAAUAGCAACACUUUCAUUCCGUUUGAAACUGAAACGACGUCGCCGAUUCAGUUUCAGAGUUAUAAUAAUAGCACUCCUGAUUUGCUUUCUAGAACGGAUAGUAAUGAUUUGCGUCUUUCGCUUCAACAGAAUCGGAAUCAGAAUGUUCUAUUUGCCGGAAACUUUGAUGGAAUUCCGGUAGCUUGGAAUUCCGGUUGUGGCGGUGGCAGUGGUGGUGGUGCUACUAUUGAUACUGGUAGUAAUCAUAAUCAUAAUCGCGAUGAUGAUGCUUCAGGUGGAGGUUUUGUGUUUCGUACUCCUUCGCCUUCUCCGGCGGUGAUGUAUGGUCAGAAUCAGUAUCUUUCUCAGAGGGGACCCCUUCAGUCCAGUUACAGUCCUUCAGUUCGUGCUUGGAUAGAUGCGCCCACGUUUGUUGCUGCUGACUAUCGACGUCAGACGGCUGCUACGGGUGCGUUUGGUGCCGGAUUUUCUUCUGGUAGCUUUUCUGGUUUCCGUGUGCCGGCACGAAUUGGAGGUGAUGAUGAGGAGGUGCAUGGCGACAGGCCAUCGUCUGCUUCCUCUGAUUCUCGCCGUUGA